AUGACCAGGGAUCCCACUGUGUAUCCGGUAGCUGAUAGUGGCUGGGGGGAGGGGCAAGAGGUCCCCACGAUAAUUCUGCGCAACGGCACAGUUCAAUUUCCUCAAUUUGCAGACUAUGUCGUUGUCUCGGCGCUUGUCGCCGCGGGAAUCAUAUCCCUCAUGCCCAACUGCAGUGGUAUUUCCGGCUACGGCCAGCGGUUCGCGGGCUACUCGCGCAGGGAUAUCGGUCUUUAUGACCAGCCCGAGGUCAAGGCGAUGACGCAGCACGCCGUUAGAAAUGCCUCUUCUACCCCGCAAGGCUCGUUCUGGUAG